AUGCGUUACACUGCCUUUGUCGCCGUUGCUGCUUUCUCCAGCGCCGUCUUCGCUACCGCCAGUCCCCAAGAUGACGUUGCCUCCAUCCUCGAGGCUCUCCGCACGAACAACCCCGAAGAUGCCGACGCCGCCGCCUCAGCCAUGAAGGUCAAGCUCCGCCGUCAGGACGACGUGAGCUCCAUUCUCGCCGCGCUCGAGGCCAACAACCCCGACGAUGCCGCCGCAGCCAAGCAGGCCAUGUCGUCUACAUCCACCACCAAGCGUCAGGACGAUGUAUCCCACUGCCUCGACAACCUCGCGCAGGUCGACCCCGCAGCUGCUGCCGCUGCCCGCCGCGACAUUAAGAGCCGCAGCAUCGACGUCCGCGAUAUGGAGAAGCGUCAAGACGACGUUGCAUCCAUCCUUGCUGCCCUCGCGCAGAACAACCCCGAUGACGCCGCCGCCGCCGCUCCCGCUAUGAGCUCUACCCCCAAGUCUGUUACCAAGCGCCAGGACGUGUCCCACUGCCUCGAUGAUCUCGCAGCAGUCGACCCCCAGGCCGCUGCGGCUGCUCGUCGCGACAUCGAGACCCGCGACGUCGAGAAGCGCCAGGACGAUGCAGCACACUGCCUUGACGCGCUCGCCGAGGUCGACCCGGAGGCUGCUGCUGCUGCCCGUCGCGAUAUCGAGAAGCGUCAGGAUGAUGUUGCGUCUAUUCUCUCCGCGCUGGCUCAGAAUAACCCUGAUGAUGCUCAGGCGGCGCAGACUCUUGGUAAGCGAUGGGUUGCGUAG